CUCCGCUCUCUGCCUCGUCUAGCUCUUAUUCGCACUCCAAGCUCCUCCACGACCCAAACCGUAACAUCCGCGGCUGUGGGGUUCCGUUUCCCCCGCAAUGGAACUGGUGGCCGAAGGCCUCUGGGCCCUCGCCGACGACUCCGAGCGCCGUCGCGACUUCGCCGGCGCUGUAAAAUGUCUCGAAGCUCUCUGUCAAAGUGGUGCCUCUCUCCUCCCUAUGAUCGAGAUCCGCACUCGCCUCCGCCUCGCCUCUCUCCUUCUUUCCCACUCCCAUAACCUCAACCACGCCAAAUCCCACCUUGAGCGGGCCCUCCUCCUCCUAAAAUCCACCCCUUCUGCUCUCCCUCUCAAGUUCCGCGCCCACUCCCUACUAUCUCGCUGCUACGAUCUCACCGGCAACGUCCCGCAGCAGAAACAUAUCAUACUACGCGCGCUUACGCUACUUCGAACUGCUGAGCCUUCCGCACUACCUCCCUCCGCCGCUCUUCUCUGGUCGUGUAACUUUCAUUCCCAGCUCGCGUCGGCUCUGGUCAUCGAAACUGACUACCCCGCUGCUCUGAAGUCACUUGACGAGGGUUUCUCUGCCGCCUCUGAACUUCGACUUCCGGAACUACAGAUGUUUUUUGCGGCAUCUACGCUUCACGUCCAUCUUUUCCACUGGGAUGAUCCUGCCACCUUGGAAGCUGCAGCCCGGCAGUCUUCUGAGAUUUGGGAUUCCUUUUCUCCCGAUUUGAAAGAACGGUGCAGGGGUCUCCUUUUCUACAAUGAGCUGUUGCAGACUUUCUACCUGUUCAAGAUAUGUGACUAUAAGAGCGCCACACAACAUGUUAAUAAACUGGAUGCUGCCAUGAAGGAAGAUCAGAAACAGCUCUCCCAUGUGAAGGAGCUGGUUGGGGAGCUUAAUACUGUGAAUCAGAAUCUUGCCCAGCUGAACUUGCAAGGGAAAUCAAAUACAACUUUGAGGGAGAAGCAGGACUUAUUACAUGACCAGCUGAGAGCUGCUACUGGAAUUGAUGAGGAGAUGUUGGGAUUUGAGGACAAAAUCCUCUUGGGACCUCCCCCAUUGGAUGGGGAAUGGCUACCGAGGAAUGCAGUGUAUGCGCUGGUGGAUCUUGUGGUUGUUUUGCAGGGGCGUCCCAAAGGAGUGUUUAAGGAUUGUGGGAAGAGGAUACAUUCAGGAAUGAAGUUGAUUCGUGAGGAGCUACAAAAACUUGGCAUUGGUGUCAACCAGAGAGAGAUGGAUAUUCAGCAUUCAGAUAUAUGGAUAGCUGGUCAAUAUUUAUUGCUUCUAAUGCAAUUUCUUGAGAAUAAAGUUGCGCUGGAGCUUACUAGGUCUGACUAUAUUGAAGCUCAGGAGACGAUAGUGCAGAUGAGAAAUUGGUUUAUCCGUUUCCCGACAAUAUUGCAAGCAUGUGAGUCCAUUAUUGAAAUGCUAAGAGGGCAGUAUGCUCAUUCGGUUGGUUGCUUCCAUGAGUCAGCCUUUCAUUUCUUGGAGGCAACAAAGCUCACUCAAAGCAAGUCGAUGCAAUCUAUGUGCCAAAUUUAUGCAGCUGUUUCUUAUAUCUGCAUUGGUGAUGCGGAAUCAUCUUCGCAGGCGUUAGAUUUGGUAGGACCAAUUUACAAAAUCAUGGAUUCAUUUGUUGGAGUACGAGAGAAAACUUGCAUUGUGUUUGCUUAUGGGCUUUUAUUGAUGAGGCAGCAUAAUCUACAAGAAGCUAGAGUUCGUUUAGCCAGUGGCUUGAAGAUAGCACACCAACAGUUGGGGAACAUUCAACUUGUUUCUCAGUAUUUGACAAUCUUGGGUACAUUAGCACUUCAACUACAUGACACUGAACAAGCUAGAGAGAUAUUGAAGUCAUCUUUAACAUUAGCCAAGACACUUUAUGAUGUUCCUACACAGAUUUGGGUGCUUUCUGUUUUAACAGAUUUGUACAAGGAACUAGGUGAGUCAAGAAAUGAAAUGGAGAACUCUGAAUAUGAACGUAAAAAGGAAGAUGAUUUGCAAAGGAGGUUAUCUGAAGCUCUCUCACGCACUCAUCACCUUGAGCUGGUACGCAAGAUUAACCAAGUACUUAUGACUUGGGAGCAUGCUUCAGUAGGCGCUGUUUUGCCUACUGACCAUUUAGCUGCAACUUUGUCCUCGCAGUUAUUUCCACCCUGUUUGGUGCUGGCAACUGAUAUUAACUGA